CAAAAGAACCAACCUACACCGAAGCCGUGUCUUAUAAGACACAGCUAAGCUAACCAAACUCGACAGACAAAACAAUGUCGGAAACGGAGACCGAGCUCGGCCUUGAAACUGUUCCCAGGGUCAUAGGUUUCUUGUCUUCUUUGUUGGAAAGAGUAGCGGAGUACAAUGAUGAUCGCCGGUUGUUUCAGUCGUCGGAGAAGGUGUCGGUUUUUCAUGCCCUCACGAGGCCUACUAUUUCCAUCGGAAGGUAUCUGGAGAGGAUCUUUAAGUACGCCAAUUGUAGCUCCUCGUGUUUCGUGGUUGCCUAUGUUUAUCUCGACCGGAUGAAGCGGUCUUUGCCUUACAACGUACAUAGGCUGCUCGUCACCAGUGUUUUGGUUUCUUCUAAAUUCAUGGAUGACAUAUAUCACAACAAUGCCUACUAUGCCAAAGUGGGAGGGAUCAGCACAGCAGAGAUGAACAUUCUUGAAUUGGAUUUCUUAUUUUGUUUGGGGUUCCAAUUGAAUGUGGCACCAACAACCUUCCACGCCUACUGUACUUUUCUCCAGAGAGAAAUGUGGAUGCAAAUUCAACCCCCUCUACAACAUCUUCCUCAACCUUCUUCAACCAUCGAGAGGUCCUUGAAGAUCCAUUGUUGUCUAAAUGAAGAUGAAUCCACCCAUCACCACCACCUUGCAGUUUAAGCCAUUGCUCUUAAGAUAAGACCCAGACCCCAGAAGAAGAUGUUGGCUCGAGCACACUGAUUUCAAACAUGGAUGUCAAAAUUCCAUUUGGGUUUCUUUACUUUUCUGUCAAUGUGCUGUAAAAACAUUCCAAAUCUCAUUUCUCUUCGUUUAGUCAUUGUUAACCACAAUUUCCCAUAAUUUUGUGCAAUUGUAGUUGAGGGUUUUCUGCUUACAGUCUGGCCAACAUGAUCUUGUCGUGGAAUUUCUUAA